UAACCCUGGGUGACGAUGUCAACCACAUCUACUAUUUGUCCCCCUGCCAGGACACUCAUAUAGAUCUCAAAACAUACUCGAUCUGAAUCGCUCACCACCCUUGGUGCUGCAGAGGUCACCGAGUAUCUGCUGCACGUCUUGCAUUAAACCCUUUUGACUGGUCACCCCGGCUCUCAUCUGACCAGCAGCAACUCGAGCCUUCAUGAUAAGCUACAUAAGUCCUGUACCCGGAGAGCACACGGGACCGCAUAACCAUUUCAGGAAACGAUACGCCUGUCCAAUCGAACCUAUUGUGGCUGCAGAUUGCAUCUUCAAGGCGCAUCGUACCGGCUACUAUAAGAAAGGCAAUUGGACCACAUGAAACGUUGUAAAUAGCUAAUGCCACUUUGACACUGAUAUCGACAUCUCGACAAUGCCUGAGCUAACCCGCACUCUACCUGCGUCCUGGUAUCGUAGUCCAGGGCUCUAUCAACUCGAACGAAGAGCUGUCUUCCUGAAGUCCUGGUAUCUUCUAGGUCCCGUUACUCGAUUCCGUGAGGUUGGCGCAAAAGUCGACUACGAGAUCGCUCAGCGCCCACUGAUUGCUUUUCGAUGCUCUGGGAAUGGCCAUUUCCCUGGGUCACACGAGAUUCAGGUGCAAUGCGCGAAGACUGAACAAUCCCUAAGACACAAUGUCACACCCACCGGCCUUGUUUUCGCAGCCUUGGGAGACGAGGCUCCGGACUUCAACGAGUAUUUCCCAGAUCUGGAGCCUUUGUUGCAGAAAGUGAACUUCACCAAACUUCCGUACAGGCACAGCAUCAAGUAUGAGGGCCGGUUCAACUGGAAAACCAUGGUGGACGGGUAUCAAGAGUGCCUGCAUUGCCAAUACACGCAUCCCUCCUUCUCCGUCUACUACCCUCCGACGUCGUAUGCGGUGCAUAACCAUCAAAACUUCUCCCAGCACAUAGCUGACCCCGAGAAACCGGACGACGGCCUCUUUCUCUACUUCUUCCCGAAUUGCACCUUGAAUGUGUAUGGCGGCGGAAUGUCAUCGUUCCGGGUAUGUCCGACGAAUGAUCCGAACGUGACUAGGAUGGAGUUCGACUAUUACCAUAUGGAGUCUGGCGAGAAGUUUGAGCAGUACUUUAAAUUCGUGCGGCAGGUGGCGCUGGAAGACUACGAGCUGUGUGAGAAGGCGCAGGAUAAUCUUGUCAAGGGCAUUUACAGUGAAGGAAUACUGAACCCGGACAAGGAGAACGGUGUAUCUUUCUAUCAGGGUCGUGUCUUUGAGCUUGUGUGUGAACAGUACGCUGCUGAUCAACUGGUGCAGGCAGAAGAUAAGGAAGCGACUGCACCGCAAAAGGAACCUGUGAUGAUUAUCACGGAUGUCCGUGAUCGCCUGAGGCAGUGA